AGUGGCAAAGUUAUAAUUCGUCUGCUCUGCAGCUGCCACACGUACACAAGUUUUCCUUUUCGUCGUUUUUCUAGACGGCAGCUGUUUUUCCUAAAUCUGUUAAAUAUUCGUUUAGAAAGAUGGAGCAGAGUGAUAGUAAUAAAGGUUUGUUAGCAACGGAUCAGUUACAAUUUCAUGAAUUUGAUGACGAUGAUGCCCCGCUUGUGGAUGCUGCUGAGAAGGAUUCUUCCAGUGUGGAGGGACAGACUCGCACCUUCAACAAUUACCCCAGUGACGGAGAUGAUGAAGAAGGGGACAAAGCUGAGUUACUAACAGGCAAAAAGAAGCAAGCUGCCUUUUGGACCUUUGAAUACUAUCAAACAUUCUUUGAGGUUGAUUCGUAUGAAGUAUUACGCAGGUUGGUGGCUUCAUUUGUACCGCAACCUAGCAAGGAUUUCAUCAACUCAACGAUUCGACCUAACCCCGACCUUUAUGGUCCUUUCUGGGUGUGUGCUACGUUGGUCUUUACAAUUGCUAUAAGCGGUGAUCUUGCGAAUUUUUUCCAAACAAAGGGAGAACAUGGAUGGCAUGCUAAUUUUUAUCAUGUGACUGUUGCUGCGACAAUCAUAUUCUUGUAUGCGUGGUUGACACCGGGUCUAGUUUGGGGCGUUUUGUCAUGGCAAGGGAACCCGGCUGGCUAUACAUUCCUGGAAAUGGUCUGUGUGUAUGGUUACUCUCUCACCAUCUACAUACCAAUAUCUCUGUUGCUGGUGAUACCUUCACCGGCAUUUCGGUACACAUUGAUGGUAAUUGGCUUGUUGUUGUCAGUGUCCGUGAUGCUUUUAACCAUGUGGCCUGCAGUAAAAGACUUGGACAUCAAGAUGUCUGUCGUUAUAUUGGCAGUCAUUUUCUUACUUCAUACUCUGUUGACUGUUGGAUUCUUAUUGUACUUUUUCGAUGAGCAAUUUGAUGCAUCCCAUAUCGAUCCUAUUACAACGGCUGCAGCAGUUAAGCCUACUAAACAUUCAUAGUGGAAAAUUCACUAACGGUUUAGCGUUUCCAUUUCGUGUUCCGAAAAGCGCAUUCAGAAGAUGACCGAAGCUCUUGUUGACGCGAAAGCUGUGCAUUGAGGGCACCCUUUAUACUUACAUGUACUGGGUAUGUACAUAAUCCCACUGUGUCUACAUUAGGAUAGCAAGCCUGGCAACAGUAAAUGCAAGAUACUCAGAAUUUAUAAUUCAUAUGUUAAAAUACACACCUACGUUUGUGUAUUUUACUGGUUUGCUAGUGAAAAAUUCCUGCCUAUCCAUCAUAACAAAUUGGAUAGAUGAACACUAAUUAUGUGAAACUUUUUGUAGAGGCACACUCCCUAAUUUAGUGCUACUGUUUUAAUCCAUGAUGUGAGGUGCUGUUGUACCUCGAUGGUGUAUAGGGCAUUAUUUGAUGGCACUUACCCACUGUCUACUCCAUUGGAGUUGGAUUGAGGGCGCUAUUUUAUCCAUGUUUGAGGGCGCUAUUUUAUCUAUGUGUUGAGGGCACUGUUUUAUCCAUGGUUUGAGGCACUAGUUCACCUCCACUAUGAUAUAAAAAUAUACUCCAAAGGAAUUAAUACAAGCCAAUCUGAAUUUACAUCUCAAUCUGUAUUCAUUAGAUAAAGUCUUUCAUCAAUUUUGAUGCAUGUGUUUGUGUUCUUGGUUUCCUACUGCAAUACUACUAUAUUAUUAUAAUAAUUAGGGACAGAUAAAAAAGUAUAAUACAUACUCCAAGUAUUGAAAUACACGCCAUCUUGUUGGGAUUCAAUAUUUCGACAUUAAUUAUGUCAUCAUCAGGAAUUAGGGACAGCCAAUAUAGAAUUGGACUAUACAACAGUUUUCCCAAGCAAGUUGUUAUUUCUGCUUUUUUAGUGUUGAGUGUUUUCUCUUUUAAAUAUACACUGCGAGUAUUGAGCUAAUACAAUUAGACAUUCAGACAGUACAGUAUACUUUCAAUGCAUUUUUACCACUGCAUUUAUCCCAAUGGAUACUGGGGUACAACUAAUUAUAUUUUGGUUAUUUUUAUUAUAUUAUUAUUACUAGUAUGAAAGCACAUCUGAGUUGGUAGUAAAGGUAAUACGAUUUAAACUAAUGUUCACCACACAAAAAUUUACUCACUUGUCAAAUUUUCCAUUGACACUUCAACCUUCUUCAACACACGUUGUUAUGUCUUGCAUUCAGUGACUUUUCUGGCCAUGUGACUGUAAGAGUGCAGUGAGCAUUAUGUGUUGUGAACAUAAAUUGUUGACACCAUUAUUAUUGUUGUUCUGAUUGUUUCUCAGUUCCUUGAUAGUCUUAGGUUCUGUUUUAUGAAACAGUGCAUAGAGAUAAUUUCAUUAUUAUUAUUAUUUAUUUAUUUAUAUAUAUUUAUUUUUAUUAUUGUUGAUAUAAACACAACAUCUACAUUUUAAAUGUUGAGCUUGCUUUCUAUCAACUGCCAAUCAUGAUGUAAUUAUUAUAUUUGACAGAAAGAAGAGAUGGAAAGAAAAGAUGUAAAUAUAUAGGAAAAUGAUGAAAACUAUUUACAGUAUAAUGUAUAUUUCUGAGGAAAUCUGCACAUGUUGAAACAAUGAGGAAAAUGUGCGAAAAUGUAUAAUAUUUACAAAAUACUGUAUAGUUUUUAUGCAAUAUUGUAUAGUAUUUACAUAAGAUCUAAAUAAUAGUUCUUGUUGAUUUAAUGAGUCUGUGUAGAUGAUUGGCUUGCAUGUUUUCAAAUUAGAAUUCCGGUAAAGAUAAAAUAAUUGCACCAUAUUUUAAAUUGUUAGCUUAAUGAACAUCCUUUUGCCCAUAUGCGCCCUCAAUUUAACAUUCAGUUUCCCUCCUUUACAAUAAAAUAAUGUGCUUCUAAAGGUUUAACAACUCGUAAAAUGAUUUAAUAUCAAAUAAUUGACAUUAUUGGUUAAUAUUAGUUAUUGUUGCUUGAUGUUAAUUGACUAUUGAUAUUGAUUGAUAAUGAUUGAUUGAUAUUAAUUUAUAUUGAUUGAUAUUGGAUAAUAUUAUUUUUUUCACUAAUAUUGAUAGCAUAUUACUUAUUGAUUGAUCAAUAUUAACUAAAUUAAUAUUUAUUGAUUGAUAUUAUUUACAUUUACCAUUAAUUAAUUUAAUUUUGCAUUUAUUGAUAUUGAGUAAUUGAUUGAUUAAUAUUGAAGAAAUUUUUGCAGAAAAGCAGUUAAUGUAUGUUAAAUUUUAAUUAUUUUCUUUAAAUUUUGUUAUACUCUCAUAUGAUUAUGUGGUUAUAUUUUUCAGUGUUGGUUAUGUGUGUUGUUUUGUAAUAUGCACCAUAUAUACUCGCGUAUAAGACAGGGCUUAAAAUAGCUAACUACAAUUGAAAAACAGGUGGUCGACAUACAAAUUUUAGAAUUUUUAAAUCAUGUUUGUCUUCUGUACCGUUCUUCCGUAACACGCAAAUUUACUACUACAAUAAGCUGCUAAAUGUUAGUAUGAAUGAACGUAAUUUUGAAUACAGGAAAAUAAGAUUUUGAUAAACAUUUAAAAACUCUUAGAAUUGUAUUAUUUGGAAGGUUAGCCUUUUAUUUGGCUCCAUUUUUAGCCAUCUAGAUGCCAUCAGGACCAUAAAAAGCAGAAAAAAUAGGAAUUUCAACCAUGAAACGGUGUGGGGGGGGGGGCGUGGGGGUGUGUCAUCUUAUACGCCCGACGUAAAAAAAUCAUCUAAAACUUGGGGGUCGUUUUAUACGCGAGAAUAUACAGUAUUUUAAAUUUCAUUCAUUUUUACCUUUGUGGGUUAAGUACGUUUUAUUAAUUGAUAUAUCCAUUUUGAUUGAUAUCAAUCCUAUAUUGCUUGAUAAAUAAAUAAAUCAAUUGUUUUUGAUUCAAUUAUUGAUAUUGAUUGGCUAACUACACAAAUGUACGCCCAAGCGAACAAAAAUUUAAUCAGACAUGUGGUGCUGGGUGUUUGAAAUAGGAACCACUUGUGUGUACAUGGGUGUUAGCUAACAAUAUAUUAAAAAAUAUUUAUCAUAUUUUGUAAAAUUCGAACAUAGUUUUUUAUAUAAAACUACAUUAUUCUUUUUGGUGAUAGUGAAAUUCUUGAUUUGUUUAUUAAUAUUUGUCAUUUUAUAUGACAGAUACAGCCCCUCCAAAAAGACCACUUUUGGGACCAGCCAGUUUUCCAUGGUCUUAGCAGCUUUGGUCUCUAAUUAGAAUAAUAAAGAUAAAAGACAUUUGUUUAUAUGGGACCACAGAAAAGUUGUUUUUAAUUGGAGGUGGUCCUGCAAUUAGAUCUGAAGACAUGAUCGUGCAUUAUUCAGAUGAAGUUGAAAACUUGAACAUUUAUUAUGUUAAUUGUGUAAUAUAUUCUAAAUAUCAAAAGUUGAAUAUAAUAUUCUUGAUUACAUUCAAAAUAUAUUUGAAAUUCUAAA